AUGGAGGCCACAUCAGAUCAUGUGGGCGGGACACCCGCCGAUCAGGUUGCUGCAAUCCACCCACUGGCCGAGUCGAUCUAUCUCGCAGCCGCAAGGUCAUUGGGACUCCUCAAGCAGGUCCAGAGCGAGCUUGGGCUUUUUCUUUCGGUGCUGAGUACAACUGAGACGCACAUUCCGCAUCUUCCACGGGAUAGCGCCCAGGAUGCGGAAAUCAGCAAGACAUUGAAGGCCUGCCAUCAAGUGUUGCUGGAUUUGCAGCAAUUCAAAGAAAGUUCCGAUGCGAGCCAAAUCUCGGACUUGGAAGCGAGAUUGUCCGCUUGUAUUAUUGAUCUUACAUCCUUGAACACUGAUCUGAUGAAGUUCUCGCAAGAAAAUCUCGAUUGCAAGUUACAAGCGUUCAUAGAUGAGAUACAAACCGGCGUGCGAGAUUCGAAGAUUGUUGUUAAUGCCCUGAGUGGCCCUUCCACCAAAGAUGGUCCGGAAUGGAACCUGCUGCAACAGGAACUGGUGACUGUUGCGGGAAUCAGCCCUGCACUAAUCAAAGAAGACCGCAUGUUUAUUGUGGCAAAGCUGCGAAGUGCUUUUCCGCCGCACGAAAAUUCUCCAAGUCCUCGCAGUGCACAGCGUGCCUCGACCCAACGACAUGCCUCCUUCUCAAUAUUCUCUAGCGACGGGCAUUUCAACAAGAAAGUCGUACCCACCAGCAAUUUUCCGAUACUAUUGCCAACACAAGCUAGUGUAAAAUAUUCAAGCAAACAAGUGUCGCCCAAGCGCAGUUUUGCCAUGCGGGUGAAGGCGCAGUCCGACCCAUGUGCAAUGAAAAACGCGCUCCCAAAAGACAACUUCCCGGUACGAGUGGCAACAUUCAGCGAGGCACAAAAGCAAACCAUGCAACAACCCCAGUACAAUCCUUCAGUCAAGAAACCCAGUGAGGCGCGCAAACUAUUCUACCAAAUCCGGCACGGCCAACACGAUUUCUUCUACCACAUCUCCUCGGGCAGUUUCCCACUAGUGAAGCAGUGUCUCGAGAAAGGCGCCGAAAUUAACGCCGUGCAUGAAAACGGAUGCACACCACUGGAAAUGGCAGUAUCAUACGGCUACGAGGAGAUUGUCUGCCUGCUCAUAAACUGGGGCGCAGACAUGAACCAUUUUUCUUUCGGACAGCCGACUGCGCUCGGAAGAGCUGCUGCAAUCGGGCAUGGAAGACUCGUCCAGUUAUUGCUAGAGAAUGGAGCACAAGUGAACCGCGGUGGACAAAAGCCGCUCUCCAAGGCUGCAGAGACAGGCUGGGAAGAUAUCGUGCAGGUGCUACUAGCUUGCGGCGCCGGAAUUGACCUGGUAGAUGUUAACGGGUACACUGCACUAGGGAAUGCCGUGAAGAACGGGCGUGUGGCUGUGGUGCAACUUCUUCUGGAUAAUGGGGCAAAUGUUAGUAAGAGUUUGAAUGGUGAAGGGAGACAGCCGCUUUAUGAUGCUGUUGAGAUGGGCUACGUGAACAUGGUCAGGCUGUUGCUGGCUUACAAGGCCGAUGCUCGCGUGAAAACUCGGCAAGGGGCUACUGCCUUGUCUCUGGCUGUGUCGAUGAAUCGGAAAGAUGUUUUAGGGGUCUUUCAGGAUUUCGGCUAUUCUGCCGAGUCUACUGGAUUUGUUGCAGUGCAGUAUGCUUAA